GGAAUAAUCGGUAGAAAUAUAAUACUGCAGUGAAUUUGCCGAAAAAUUGGUUUUAAAUAGCACUGAAAGCUAUUCUCCAUUAUGUCGUUGUUUGGAAUGUUGGGAGAUCUCGAGGAUGAUCCUAUUUUCGGUCAUCAAAUGCGUGCGAUGCGCCAAAUGAACAACAUGAUGAACUCGUUGAUUGCUAACCCGUUUGGAAUGUUCGGUGCGUUGGAUCACAUUGCUGGACCAUCGCUGGUUGGACCUCGUGGAGGAUCUCAGCUGAUGGCAAUGCAACAUCCAAAUAUGCAUAUGAACCGGCUGUUGAACAACAACGAUGGAACACUAUACAGCUCCAGUAGUGUUUAUUCGAUGACUUCAGGACCGGAUGGACCGCAGGUGUACCAAGCUACUUCUAGCACUCGCGCCGGACCGGGAGGAAUAAAGGAGACACGCAAGACGGUGCAAGACAGCCGCAGUGGAACAAAGAAAAUGGCCAUCGGACAUCAUAUUGGCGAACGUGCACAUAUCAUCGAAAGAGAGCAAAAUGUACGCACUGGCCAACAUGAGGAACGUCAGGAUUACAUCAAUCUGGAUGACGAGGAUGCAGAGGAUUUUGAUCGCGAGUUUCAAACCAAAGCGCGCAGCACAAUGCGCAUAGCGGGUGGUCGUCGGCCUGCUCUUCAAAUCGAAGAACUGCCUUCUAAUCAGCCUAACCCGCCGCAUAUCCGUGCUAUCGCAAACACUCCGUACAAUGUGACUUUGCCGACGGAGGAGAGUAGUGCUCAAUACCAACAUCAUUCGUCAUCGCCGUCGUCGGUGGCUUCGUCCUCAGCCCAUCGUAAUCGCAUUACCGGUGCUCCUGCUGCCCCAACGGUGACGCCACGUAGGGCAAUUCGAUCACCGGCUUCGUCCCCGCUCGCGAUGCCACCCUCAACUGGAGCCGGUCACAUUACUACAAGUGUUCACCCGCACCCAUACAGCAUGACCGGCAGGAAGAAUCGUGCCAUCAAGGGGCCGUCGUCUUCUCCCUAUCACCAAUAAAUCGUCCUCUCCAGGGUGAGAAGCCAAAUAGCCACACGAGAAGGAUCUCUACUCGCUAUAUGACAAAUCGGACAACACGGACAACCAAGAGCGCGCAAUGCAAACAAAAUUUCCCUCUUCGUAAAACUUGCGAAUUAUGGAUGUAAUCAGCAUUGUAAUCUGAAAUCAAAUGUAUUUGCAAAUUAUUAACACAAUCCAGCGUGCUGAACCCCCCGGAAUGGACUACACGCGAGACGGUGAAUAUAGCCUUCUCGCGCAAAUGCUUCCCUAUAAAUUGUUUUAAGAUAUUUUUUUAAGAGAUAAUUUUUCCUGUCCUCAAGGAACUAGGAAAACACAUUAAUUCAAGUUAGAUAAAUACUUAAUAUGCGUUCAACAUGUUCAUUGUUUCAAAGUUAUGCCUAGAAUAAACUUUUAGUUCUCAUAAAAGAUGCUUCUUUUAGUAUUUUGUUUUGAUUCCGUGGCUUUCAGUAGGAAGAGGUAUACAUAUUGCUUCAUUAGAGUCUGAUCAAUCAUACGUUUACAGGUUACAGAAACGCAUAGUAAUAGACCUGUGGAUAUAAAAUCAGCUGAACCGGCAAUCACUGUUUUCUGCGAUGAUUUUAAAGCAUUUCUCAGCAGCAAUGCGAGAAAACGAAACAAUCUGUUUGUUUAAACUUUUACUUUAUUCUUUCGGAAUAUGCAAUUACUUCCGCUCAUUUUCUCGUGUAAUGCAAAAUAUCCAGUUCAAAGCGUUUUGGAUGUAACGUAUAAAUUAAAAAAAUAGUUCCGACUGUUCAUAAUCGAUUAUGAAUGCUCUGCUCGUUUGGAUACAGUGGUGACUUCUGGGUACGUCAAUGCCACAUCGACCAGUCUAUUAUUAUGAGUAUCUGUCGCCCUUUUUCCCGUUUUCGAUCAAAACGGAUGCUCCAUUAAAAAGGUUUUCAUACCCAACAUCCGUUUCGAUCAAAUAUGAUAAUAGGGGCAUAUAUUACAGGAUAUACUUUGUUGGUAACAAUGUAGCAUAUAUUGAAUUAUUUUCUCUGGUACUUAUUACUGUACACAUGCAAUGUUUCCUAAAAAUAGUAAAGAAUUAACUUCAGCAGGGCAGUCACUGCUUUGUUUCAACACCUCUUAUACCCUCCUAAUAGUAACUCAACUACACAGUAAUCAAUCAAAACGAUAGAUACACUUUGCAUGUGGACCUACACACCGUAUAUGGACAAACAAAUUCAAUGUGAGCAUCGGUUCUCAAUGAUACUUUCGAUAAAGAAAAGCCAAAUUUCAAAUGUAUUACCAAAAAGAUAUCUCUCACUAAAUAAAACCACAUCAACUGAAUGAUAUAUUUUGGACGAUAUUCUUAACAAGCGUGUAGGGAAAGAUGGAAAAUAAAAAAGUGGGUCGUACGUAAGGAACUAACAUUAGCUAAGGCUAAGAAAUAGGAAGUUGUCAACAAAAAUAAAACAAAAUAUUCAAAACGAGCCAAUCAAUACAGAAUGUGGACUGCACUGGACAGACAUCGGAAAAUUGUCGUUGGAAAGUGUAGUAGUUCUAUAAUAGCGUAAUUUUAGACAGUUGUGGAAUUUUCGUUCGUUUUAUUUUCAAAGUGAUUGUAAGAGAAUUACUAUACAUGAAAAAUAAUCAUUACCAUAAUUUAUUGAA